GUCUCCCUUUACGCUCGGGCUGCAUAGUUUAAGCUAGUGCUCUUCGAAGGUGUCACGGUUCGUGGGUGGAAACCAUAUAUUGAAACAAGCACCAGCUGUGCCAUCUCCUUCCAAGACGACACUGUUAACAUUAUUCUCUGGACAGUAAAGCCACCUGCUUCACUACAAUGAAAAUGCCUCCCCCUGUGCGCCAUAGAGCAAUGCGUGUCUUCAUGAACGGGGAUCGCCACGUUAUGGCCAAACAUUCUGCCAUCUAUCCAACUCAGGAGGAGCUGGAAAGUGUCCAGAACAUGGUGUCCCACACAGAGCGUGCUCUUAAAGCCGUUUCUGACUGGCUGGAUAAAGAGGAAAAGGGAACUUCUAAGUCUGAAUUUGAAAGCACAGACACUGACAAGGACAGUGAUCAGAAAGAUCAGGCCACUCGCACUCUGCGUGGUGUUAUGAGGGUGGGCCUGGUUGCUAAGGGUCUGCUAUUGAAAGGAGAUCUGGACCUAGAGCUGGUGCUACUCUGUAAGGACAAGCCUACCAUCAAUCUGCUGGAAAGGGUGUAUGAAAACCUUGUGACACAGAUACAGACAAUAACAGAAGACAAAUAUGUAGUUACACAAAACAUCCUUGAUGCAAGCAUCAUUGUCCAGAACACAAAGGAGCCCCCUCUCACGCUCACAAUUCACUUUACAUCCCCUUUGGUUCGUGAAGAAAUAGAGAAGGCUACUGCUGGAGAAACGCUUUCAGUCAUCGAGCCCCCGGAUGUUCUGGACAGGCAGAAAUGCCUAACUGCCUUGGCAUCUCUACGCCACGCUAAGUGGUUCCAGGCCAGAGCCAAUGGGCUGCGUUCCUGUGUCAUCGUAAUCCGGAUCCUAAGGGACCUGUGCGCCCGAGUCUCCACAUGGGCCCCGCUUCGUGGCUGGCCACUGGAGCUGAUCUGUGAGAAGGCAAUUGGGACAGGAAACAGGCCCAUGGGGGCAGGUGAAGCUCUGCGGAGAGUUUUAGAGUGUCUCGCUUCAGGGAUUCUUAUGGCAGAUGGUCCUGGAAUUUAUGAUCCAUGUGAAAAGGACCCCACGGAUGCUAUUGGUCAUUUGAAUCAGCAGCAGAGAGAAGACAUCACAUCGAGUGCUCAACAUGCUUUAAGGCUGUCAGCUUUCGGACAGCUUCACAAAGUACUUGGGAUGGACCCACUUCCGUCAAAAAUGCCCAAAAAACCUCGCAGUGAUACCCCUAUUGAUUACACAGUGCAAAUCCCACCCAGCACAGCAUAUGCCCCACCUAUGAAAAGGCCUAUAGAGGAAGAAGAAGGACCUGAUGAUAAGAGUCCAAACAAAAAGAAGAAAAAGCUGCAGAAGAAAUCUGCAGAAGAGAAGGCUGAGCCCCAACAGGUUAUGAAUGCCCUAAUGAGGCUGAAUCAGCUGAAACCAGGUCUUCAGUAUAAACUGAUAUCCCAAACUGGUCCAGUUCAUGUUCCAGUAUUUACUAUGGCUGUGGAGGUGGACGGAAAGACAUUUGAGGCUUCUGGGCCAUCCAAGCGUACUGCCAAGCUGCACGUAGCUGUCAAGGUACUGCAGGACAUGGGCCUACCUACUGGGGUGGAAGUGAAAAGUGCUGAACCAGCUGUGAAAGUGGAAGAAGUGGUAGUAUCAAUCACUGCAGAGGAAGUAAAGCCUGCAGCAACAUCUACUGAAUCUUCCACUGCUGCCACCGGAGCAGCUGGUGUUUCCUCUGAAUCUACCGAGACUGCUCGCCAACAGGGACCAAUUCUGACAAAACAUGGCAAGAACCCCGUGAUGGAGCUGAACGAGAAGCGGCGGUGCCUCAAGUAUGAGCUCAUUUCAGAGACGGGCGGCAGUCACGACAAACGCUUCGUCAUGGAGGUGGAGAUAGACGGGCAGAAAUUCCAGGGCACAGGUUCAAAUAAGAAGGUGGCGAAGGCGUAUGCAGCCCUGGCGGCCUUGGAGAAACUUUUUCCUGAAGGCUCUGUUCCUGAGCCUGCUAAAAAGAAGAAGGGCCCACCCAUGCACACAUUUGGCAUGAUGGGAGGUGUGGAUGCUGGUGCAUCGAGAGGGAGAGGGAGAGGACGAGGUCGUGGAAGAGGCAGAGGCUUCAAUAACGGCGGAGGUUACGGCCAAGGAGGUGGCUUUGGAACAUAUGGAUAUGGGAACAGCACUAACUCUGGCUACAAUUACUACGACAAUGGUGGAGCAAAUGGAGGAGCUGGGGUAUCAAGCAGCCUUUCAGGUGGCCUUCUGUUCAGCUCCACAGAAGCACCAGCUCCAGGCUCCUAUGGUUCUUAUUACCAGAAUGAAGGCUCCUACACUGCCCAAGCUGCCAACAAAAUGCCCAAAAAGAAACCCCCAGUGCUGAAGGGUGGGAAGGCAAACAUUCCAGGUCCCCCUAGGGGACCAGCAGGACCUCCAGGAGGCUAUCUUUUAAACGUCUCUGCAGGGCAGGGGUCAUAUAACCAGUAUGGGCAAGUAAAGAAGAGUUUCAACCAGAACCAGGGGGGUAUGGGUGGUUAUUCGUACAGCACUGCCUACCCAAGCCAGGUGACAGGAGGUACUGUCCCUGGAGGUAACCAGGAAUACAGUUACGAAGGCUUCAGUCACCAAUCCGGUUACAGUGCACAGGGAGGUGUCAACCAGGGCUUCGGCUCCAACCACACUCCGUACCACAGCCCAGGCUUCGGCAGGGGUGACGGCAACAUGAAUUACCAGUAUAGAUAGGCUGUUACCACUCUGUCUGUAAAUCACCGGCACCCAACACCCUGCAUCAGUGUCUCAGCCCUUCUCCAAAGAGAGUGAUCAAAGACUUAGUGCUCUUUGCCUUUUCCAUGUUCGCUGCCUAUGUGCUUUUGGAUUUAGAUGUAGCACAUGUCGGCACACUUUGAGAUUUGUGGACUUUUUAAAUGUCAGAGCUGAGUUGUGGUUAACAUUAGUGGUCUGUUUCAGUUGUAUGAUCAGUUCUACAUUUUGUUUCUAUUUAUUUUAUACGUUUUUGCUCCUGGCACUUGCCACUAAACAUAAAGACUGAUGCCACAAAUUUAUUUUAUAGUCCUGACUUCAAUUUUCUUUUAAUGGCUGGAAAAAUGUGAGAUGAGUAAAACAGAAAUAUCGUUUAACCUUUUUUGAUUUGAUUACUUUGCUGCGCUUUGUGGUAACAUUAAAAUGUACCCAGCGGUGGUUGUGAUUUUUGGCUGUUUUUGUUAUUUACCUGAUGCUAUGUGAUGAUUUCACCAUCUGAUUUUUCAAAGAUAACUGGAACAUUUAUUCUGCUGUUAAAUCAACAUCUCUGCUCAAUGUAGCUUUUAAACUGGGUGGGGUUUACUCUUGUUAAUGUGUAACAGAGUGUUUGUUAUAAUAAAUUGUUUUUAUUUUGAA